UCCAGAUUGAUGAGGACGAAGAUCCUCCGUUGACCGCCUCGGGCAUCCAAACAGGCAGGUUUCCACAGGCUGUGAUGAUAUUGGUGUCGCAUCUCUCUCGAUCUUCAGUUAUACAGGGGAGGCCUGCUAGCGGCCAGGCUUUGGAUAAUUUAGCCCUGAACGCCGUGCCGGGUCAACGACGGGCGGUGAGCUAUAACUUUUUUCUGCUAGAGAUUUUUUAAAACUCAGCUGGCUCCUCGGCUCUACCCACCGCAAACGGCGGCGCAUAUGCCGAGUUCUUCCGUAACACAUGGCGAUGGCAAACCGUGCACCCGCGAGCAUGAACGGAGCCGCAGCGUCCGCGCUGUUGCUGGCGAGGGACAGCAGUGGUGCGAUCAACGCCAUCCGAAACGGCGAGCUCUUCGCGCCUGCUUCUGGAAAGCUGCCGGGAUCCCUGUUUCACAAGCCGGUGCAUCCAUCGCUUAUGACAACGCACGCGAGCCCACUCGUUGCCCCUUGCGAAUCGUUGCGCAUCCCAUCCCGAUCGGGCGGCUUGCAUCACACAAGGCGGCUGCUUGCUCGUCACUUCCCCACAAAAAUGUGGGAAGGUCUGGCGCGACCGGGCGCGCACCAGCAGCUAGCUACCAGCUGCGCUUCGGAUGCGGAGUCUCAUCCGCGGCGACCAAGCGAGCUUCAAGCUUCAGAACCAUCGCGCGCUGGUUGUUUGCUACGCUGAUAUCCAGAGAUAAAGAGCGGCUGAGUCAUGCAUGUCAGCUACAGGGAGGCCUUUAGUGGACGGCAAGCUACUGCAUGCGCUGCCGCCCUGUCUUUGUCUUGAGGCUUGAGGUGAGCUCAUAAGGGACUAUCCUCUUGGUCCGCGCGAACAGCGGUACUGGGUCGCGUCGAGGAAGCGG